AGUAAGCAUAUGGGUAAUAUUAUAAUUAAUCAAGUUUUGCCCUUUCAAUUUUGAAAAUAAAAUGUUAGAUUUUCCAUUUUUAAUUCUGAUUUAAAAUUAACUAUAUGUUCUCUAAAUUCUCAAUAACAAAAUGUGCCACUAAAAUAGAUUAUGGAACCAUGAUGGCUUAAUAUUCAAAUCUAUUUUCCUGUAAUUAGCGCAAGCCGUGUCCAAAGUGCGAAUGAAUUAAGCUUCUUCGAGCUGAGCAAUGAUGUAAAAAGGUGAAAAAUGAGGAAGAAUAAACAAUCUAGAUAAUGCUGUAAAUCUUUCUAGAAAAUGGGAUGCAUUUUUACCAAACCUGAAAGGAAUGGCAGAAACAGAAAAAUUUUCCGGGUGUACAAUGUGGAUGAAAACGGGGAAGAAUUGAAUCAUGGGAAAAUUGAAGUGACAGAUUCAGACCUGAUACUCUAUCAUCGCCAGAAGGAGAUUCGAUGGCCACUUCGGUGUCUGAGGCGAUACGGUUGGGAAGAGGAAUUGUUUUCUUUUGAAAGUGGCCGUAGGAGUACAACUGGACCUGGAAUAUUUGCUUUCAAAUGUCAGAGAGCAGAGUUCCUGUUUAACACUGUGCAGGAGUCCAUUCGUAGAGCUGGCCAGAGUGAGCACACUGCACUCCCUAUGGAAAAUGCUCACAGCAAUAGUCGCCCCCCAUCCAUGAUUGAAAUCCCUGAUUUUAAUAACAGGAAUCCCAACCACAGCAACGGAAAUCCACACUUACCCCAAGUGAACAGAGAAUUUGAUUAUGUGAACCAGACAACAGUUGAUAGUGGAAAUGACUAUGAAAACACUAUGCCCCCAGCUAAUGUUACUCAGAGUAUCUUCGAUAUCCUUCAUAUGGACAUCCCCCAACCAAGUCAGCCCAAUAUCAAUUACACUCACCUAGUGUUCACAUCGAGUGAAGAUAGUUUGUGUAACAAUGACAACAGUCCAGAUGCAGCCAAUGGUUCUCCUGCCAACACUGAGGAUGUGUUCUUAGAAGACAAUGUUCAAAAUUAUGUGAAUGUUCAGCCAGAAAAACAGCCAGCUCGACCCCCACCCCCAGUUAUGACCCGGAGGGACACCAAUGGAAUUACAAAUUGCAGUAAUCAGCGUAGUUCGACAAAUAUGGACCAGUCAGAAUGUGUGUAUAUAACUGUGGAGACUGGAUCCGACUCCACCCAGGCGGCCCCUGCCCCACCGGCCCCGGUGAGAGAGCAGCCGCCCACGUAUGCUGUGAUAGAUAUAGCCAAGUCAGAGGCCCUGCAGAACACGCAACGGGAUAGAAUCAGCAGCCGGUGGGAAGAAAACGAUAACUGCUGUCGCAAAACGCGGCACAAUAGCACGUUCAACUAGUUUCUCUCUCUCGAAUUGUUCGAGGCAUCACAUGGAUCCAUUUACCAAGGGUAAUAGUUUACAGUCCGUAAUGAUAUUAACCAAUCUGUAUGCCACUCAAAAUCUAGGGGAGAAAAUGUGUUCCUCAAAUCUUUGUCUUACUUUUACGGUAAGAUUUUAUUUUUCAAUCUUCAAUGAGAAGUAUUGCCCUUUUUUGUGUCUACAAAAACAAAACUUUUAAAAAUUUGUGAUUGUACAGUCAAAUUGUAUAUAUUUAUGUUCAUUUUGACAUGUCUUUCAAAAUGGAGCACAAUGCUCUUCAUGUGUUUGUUUUACACAAGAGAUGUUUUACAUGUCCUGUCAUUUUUAGUCUGCAGAUUUUUACUUGUUUUUAGCUGUGGAAAUAUUUAUGACUCUCAUUGAUACAUUUUAAAUGAUACUGGGGAUUGAAACAAUUACUUUGCCAUUCGAUAUUUCCUUUCCAAAAAAAAGAAGUUUCAUGUUGUCAAAUUUUAGUAGAUGAGAAUUGUGGUUGAUUGUUUAAUGUGUAGUUAUUUACAUGUACUAAAGAAACAUUUGCGAUACAGACUUAAUCUGUCCCCUAAAAAGGUGAAAAUUCAUUGUGAAAGUAUUUGAGACUUGAAAUGUUAGGGUUUUUUUUUCAACCUGCAAUUCUUUUGUGACAAAAAACUUUGAUAAUAUUACGACCAGUUUCGUUCCAUUUUGUGUAAUAUGAUAGUAGAACUUAAUGACGUAUUUAAUUGUUGCCCAUUGUUUUUGACUGAAAAUGUCCCUUUUUAUAGUAUUAGUAUUUUAGUUUGAAAACAUCAAAGAUGUUGGAGAACAAGACUUUUUUCUCAUCCAGUGACCUAUUUUUGGAAAAUUCAUCCUGGCGUCACUAUGAAUUGUGCACUCUUUAGAAAGGUCUGCUCCUUGGUUUGUAUGUCGUAUUAUGGGGUCCCCAGAUAUUAUAUAUAUGAUAGGAAUCGGAAACCUGUGCAUGCACCCCUCAUUGAAAUAAAGCAAACUUUGCUUUAAAACAUUGAGUCAUUUAAUUGUGUCAAAUGGACCUCUAUCAUAAAACAUUGUGUCAUAUUGGACCCGUAUCACACAAAGUCCUUUUUUGUGGAUAUUUUUAGAGAUGAUUUUGUGGCAACCUAUGUAAACAUGGUAAAAGAAAAAAAGUAGUUUUAGGUCCUAGAAAUAGUAAAGAAUUCAUUUUUAUGAAUGAGAUACAUGGUCUUUUUCUGUUCAUAUGAUAAUUCAUUUGGUUGGUAUUCUUCAGUCAUUUUACAAUCUGAUUUUAAAUUCAAUGCUACCCUUUGAUGACUAUGCUGAGUGCUUGCAAACAAACUGUUGAAUAUUUUCCCUUAUACUGUUGUCAUGAUAGCUCUCGGGUUGUAGAGUGAAAACAGAAUUUGAAAAUUGAUGUUUGUACAUAUGGGAAUUUUAACUUAUUGCCAAAUAUUUGCAAAGUUCAAAAGCAUUAAACUGUAUAGAAUUUUUUUUAUAUUUAUCAGACAAGAAAUGUAGUGCCUUCAAAAAAAAAUAAUGGGAAAUUCAGUUUUUUGAAAUUCGUUCACUUUCCUAGAUUUUUUUUUAUAAUGAUGUUAUCUCUUAAUUCUUUUUGAAAUGUCCACUUGUUAAUUCUGCAAAUAUGUGCUAUUUUGUUCUCUUAAUAGAUAUUUUACUGUUAUACAUAGAGCCAUGAGAUUUUUGUAAAAUCAUUCAUUGCACAAAACUCAGAAUACAAUUAUCUGUCAAAUUCUGCAACACAUCAUCACGAUAUUAUCAUAAUUAUUUAUUAAGAUCACAUCGGACAUGCUGUAAUACAUAUAAAUACAUCUUUAUUUCUUUUUCUGUAUCAUAUUAAAAGUAUUUUCAUUUUUCAUAUUCAGGAUUGUGAAGUUUGAUGUUCUGUUGGCAGGCACUAGUAUUUUGUAUUCACGGCAUAACAUUGUUUUUCUGGUCAACAAUGUGAAUAUUGGUCAUUUACGUCUAUUGGAUUAAAUGUGGAUGUGAGUAGGUGUGUAAAUUAGUAUCCCAAUUUGAUAAAAGAAAUUCAUUCAGAGAAUUAAGACUUCCUGCAUGUGUAUGACAAACAAUGAAAAACUUCCACGUUUUAUGGUAUACUUUGGUUUCAGGCAAAAUUGUCCGGAAUAAAUGAAGCUCUUGAAUAAAUCAAUGACAUUUAUUAGAGAAGUAGAUACGGUCCCCAAGAAAUAGCAUCCAGAAGUGGCGGCGUCGAAAUUGUCAAUGUCUGGAUAAAUGAAGCCAGUUUGCAUUUGAUGGACUAUAGAGUGUUAGAAUUUGGAAAAUUUUGUUUAUGUAUAUAAUGAUACUCCUGAAUAAUGUUUUGGAUUGGCUUACAAGGGUCGGGGGGAGGGGGGGGGGGGGAAUUGAAGAAGCUGUGACAGAAAGUUAAUGUAAUAUAUAACCUAAGAGUUCACAACCACCGAUCCAAAAAAAUAAAUGCUUUGUACCAAGUACCUCAGUGACUAACAGUUGUAUCAAAUAUCAUGUAUAGAAAUUAGAUCGCAAAUUGUGCUGUAUAGAAAAUUAAGAGAAGUGGCUUACAUUUUUGGCUGCUUGAAUGAAAUUUGACGAAAUGGCCAUCAUGACUCACAUCAUAAUGUACUGUAACAAACUAUACUGAAAAUAACAUCUUCAGUUUUGAAAACUCUCAGGCCAAAUAAGGCCUUAUGUGAACCAUAUCUUUUUGUCAGUUCUGGGAACAUAUUUUUUUUAUUCUGAUUGAGUUCCUCAGCAGUGCAUCUAGUGGCAGGAUAAGAGAUGAAUGUCACCUCAAAUUAUGUCAAGCAGUGAUAGUUUGCAGUAAAUUAUUUUAUACUUUUUUUUCAAAUCAAAUUUAUCCCCCCCCCCCCCCCCCCCACACACACACACACACACACACCCCAAAAAGAUCAAAUACAGUGAAAUACAGUUACCGUAAACACACUUAUAAUGCAUUCCACACUUACAGUAAAACACAGUUACAGUGAACACACUUAUAAUGAAUUCACACUUGCAGUAAAUCACAGUUACAGUGAACACACUUUUAAUAAAUUCACACUUACAGUAAAACACAGUAACAGUGAACACAAUUGUAAUGAAAUCACACUUACAGUAAACUGAUUUUCAUUCCUUGUAAUUCUAAAAUAUAUAUUAUGAUCUUGAUGGAUAUAACAAAUUCUGUUUAUAGUGAAUCAAACUCAUUUGUCCCCUGCAUUUCACUAUAAGCAUGUUUUAUUACUGUGUUAGGUUCCCGGAAAGAAAAUCUUUGUAUUUAUUGACGUUAUCAAAUUGAUGGAUGCAUGACUGGGACUGAUGCAUGUUGAAAUCAAUUAUUUUUGAGAGUGUAGGAUGUACAUGCUGCUGAUGAAUGUUUAACAUGGUUUCUAUCAUUUAGAAGUUUUUUGUAUGUGUCACCAUCAUGAAAUUUCAUCUGUUUCUCUUUUUAGCUUACCGGAGCUGAAGGCUCAAAUGAUCUUUUCUGAUCAAAAAGUUGUCUGUCAUUCAUAGUUAGUGUUGUUAAUUUUUUCACAUCAUUAACUUCUUCUCAGAACCAAGCUGCAGCACCAAUUUCAAUUGAACUUGGCAUAGAUCAUCCUUAAGUGAAGGGGUUUUAAUUUUGUUCAGAUAAAGGACCCUGUCCUCUUCAAGGGGGAGAUGAUUUAGAAAUGUGAAAAAAUUAGACUUUAUAUUUCAAAAAUCUUCAUCUCAAAAACUGCUUACCCAAUUUCAACCAAACUUGACACAAAGUAUCCUUAACAGUAAAGUGAAGGAGAUUCAAGUUUCAUCUAACAAAGGGCUAUGCUCUCUUCAAAGGGGAGAUUAUUAAUUGUUUCAAAAAUCUUCUUAAGAAUCACUCUGCUAAUUUUAAGCAAACUUGGCACAAAGAUGAAAGGGACUCGUAUUUGUGCAGAUGAAGGGCCACACCCUCAUCAAAGGAAAUAAGAUUUGGAUGGAGGUAUUUGAAAAUCUUCAGAACAGCUGAGCCAUUAAUCACCAAUUUGAAACUUUAUCUCCCAAUAUGAUAUUGAAGGUUUUUUUUCUCCAGCUCAUGGUCCCUAGAGCUAUUUUAAGGCUACAUUUGGGGUCCAAAGUUUAGCCAAGUUAAAAAAGAAUGUUUCAAAAAUCUUUUCUUUUGCAAGAACAACCUAGUUUGAUUGGGUUAAUUUGAUGAAAGUAUAUGAUGAGUAUAGGUUGAUGGUUUAUACCAGAAAUCUCGUGGUGAGGGACUAUUUCUAGUCCUGCCCUCUAGUAAUUGGUCCAUUUUCUCAAAAACGAUAGAAAUUCUUUCCCUUAGAUUAUAUAUUUUGUUGUUCCUUGUGACACAAUGAGUAUAAUGACAUUCAACAGAAUGGGGAAAGAGGACAUCUCUUGUCCAGUUCUUCCAGAAAUUAUCAAAUUAUUUGUGAAUUGUUGAAAAUAGUUUCUCAAUGUGGCCCAUGGGCCUCUUUUUUUUUUUUCUCUUCUUUACACUGGGGCAAUACAUAGUGUAUACUAUGAUGUAUUGUACAUUAUGUUGUUAAUAGAUAGGACAUUUACUUGUAAGUAUAUUAACAAUGUAUGUUUGUGUUACAGAUAAUGUGUCAUUACUUGAUGCACAAAUAUAGCCUCUUGAGCAUCCUGAACAAAAAAAAUUGAAGAAUGUGAAAUUUUUGACCUAGCUGUAGAUAUAUUAGAAUAUGCCAACACAAUAUAGCCAUCCCAUGUUCCCAUCCAAAUUAUAUACAAAUUAGAAUUCAGAAGUUUUAACUUGACGUAUCAUUUUUCAAUACAUACCAUUUAUGAAUACAGUGAAUUCUGAUACUCUUGGAAGUAAUUCUUAUAAAUACUGGACUGGAAUACUUUUUCGAUAUGACUAUUUAUUAUUUUUUUUUUUUAUGGCAUUCAAAUCAGAUCAUGCAGAUAUUUAUCUAUCCUUCAAAUUCUGCUUAAUGUAAAAGGCAGAGGCAGUAUGGCUUUAGCAAAUGGAUGAUCUCGAUAAGUAGUUAUAAGCAUGAGAUAUUCAUUGAUUACCCAGUUAGCAUGACAUUUCUUCCUGCACUUUUCAUUUAGAAUUCUAUGUUCUUUCUUUGAACAUGCUUUUGACCUUGACCUUAGCAUUUUGUUUCAGUUCUAUUUUUUUUUUUAAUAAAUAUUUAAAAAUUAUCAAUUUGUAAAAUAGAAUGUGGAACAAGUGGGCCAUUUAUUACUGUCUUCACACACAUUGUUAGGAGUUUCACAUUUCAAAAUGAUGAUAAUGCUUUAAUUCUUUGGUAUAUUGAUUAUUUUUCUCCCAGUAGAAAUGGGAUGUAGACAGUGUCAUUAAUUGAGGCUAUUGAUCUGGUUUCUAGAGUUAAGAUGGGUAGCCACUGUGUCCCAGUCAAUGGUGCUGAGGGACAACCAAGAAAGUCUGUGAUAGACAGAAGGGUGGAUCCAGAAACUGUCAUGUUUUUAGGGAGUGGAGAAUAGAUAGGGAACCAGAUAAUUCAUAUUUUAAAGAAGAAGAAAAAACCACAAUUAUAUUCCUCUUCCUAAGUGCACUUUGGUUUUGGUGCUGCAAUAUUGCAUUGGUGAUAAUGAUACUGAAAUUCAUAAAGCUUCAAAGUCAGCCCACAGAAAAAGAAAUUCACAAUAAAUUGUCUUUUAUUCCCAAUACGUGCGCUAAAAUAGUGUUAAUGAAAACAAUGUCACGUAGGUACCACACUCUUGACUAUACUCUUUGGACAGUAUAAUCCAAUCUCUUUGUAACCAGUAAUAACUUUACAAUGUGAAAGAGUAGGUAGUUUGUGGAGUAGAGCUCUCAAAGUAACUUUUUCCACAGUUUUGGAACAUGUGUAUCUUUGCUAGUUGAGAGUACCAGAGCAAAGUUAAAUUUCAUUUCUUGUAUGUUUGAUUAACACACAUUUGCAUGUGUUUUUAGAUAUUUGAUAGAAGUGUCAGGAUAGUAGCAAUAGUUUUGAAGUAAGGAUAAAAAUCAAUGCAAUGUUGUUGUUUUAUCUACAAGAUAUGAUAUCCCAUACUGGCAUCUAGUACCACUAUGUUAACAUGCUAAGUUUUUCCUUUUUUUCUUUCUGUUUUUUUUGUUUGUUUUUUUUGUCAUUGAAAGUUGACGAUAAUUGGUUUUUCAAUGCCAGAAACUUUACAAUAGCUUUACAGGAUGCAGUCCCUAAUAGUCGUGUGAUUUUGUAGGAGAGACAAGUAGUUUAAGAAACAUGACUUUUAUUUUGUGUCAUACUUUAUUUUCGUGAUCCUAACUUGCGGGAUUCAUCAGCAAGACACACACAAAGUAUUCACAAGAAAUACUUUAAUUAUUUUCGUAUCAAGGUGAAUUUCGUGAAUUGUUGAGAGUUUUCAUGAAUAACAAAUAGUUUACAGUAUUGUUUUGAUGUUUUCUGGUAAAUUGUAAUGAAGUACCCUGUGGCAACAGUCCUAUACAACAGAGUACAGGGUUUUAAUUAUUAAAAGAGCUUUUUUACGAUCUAGCUGUGCUGCUUCUAAAACCUUCCAACUUCAAAAUUUUAUGUAUACUGAAAGAAUUUUUUUAAAAUAGAUCCCCGUUUUUAAAGAUCUGUUGGAUUUUUAUGUUUGUUCUGGCAGCACCAAGGUACCCUUACUACAAAAAGUUAUAGUCUAGAGCAGCACCAAGGUACCAUUAUCAUAAAAAGUUCUAGUCUAGAGCAGCAUUGAGGUACUGUUGUUAACAAAACAUUUUGGAGCAUCCUGCAUUGCUACAAAUAUCCUCGAAUUCACUUGUUCUAAAAAAGGACAACAAAAAUGCGAUUGUGAGUUAACUACAAUUUUCAUUGAGACUCCUAUUAUUGAAAUAUUCCUCAUACAUAUUGGAAAAAAUAUUAUGUUUUUUUUUUUCUAUAGUAUUUUUGGGAGCAUUAGCUAUUUUCAAAGAUGAAAAAAGCAAUAUGUACCGAUUUGUUAACUCAGUUCAUUGUGACAUAUAUACAUCAAGGCAUAUCAUUUUUAACAUGAAGGUAUUUUUGUUGAAACCUCAAAUUGAGAUGAAAAAAAAGGUUGUUACUUGUUCAUCUUUUUAUUUAAAUUGUGCAUGUUAACAAUUUUGAAGUGCAUAUGCAUAAAUUUAGAUGGCUGGUUGUCUACAGAAAAAAUAGUUUUAUGUAUUAUCCAUAUUGAUUGUUUACAAUACAUGUGUAUUAUGAAUGGCUGAUCAUUAUUUAAUAUGCUGAUUUUACGUCCAUGUUCUCAUGAUAUGUGCAAUUUUGUGUUUGUUUCACAAGUAUUUGGUCAUGUGAUUCAAUAAUUUGACCAUGGUGUUGACUUUGUCGAAAUAAAAUAUUAUUUGUGACA